GCUGCGCAGCUCCACGGGGGCUGCGGCCGGGCGUCUCCGCGGACUCGGUAGGGAGACUCCGCGGGAGGCUGUGACUUCCAGCGGACGACUCGGACGGAGCGUGUUGGUGGCGGCGAUAGCUGCAGCAAGGAAGGAAAAAAGAUUUUCAUCGUGGAUGCUUCUUCAGCUGCCCUGUGAUGGAAGGGAUGUAUUUCUGAAGUUAUAAUGGAUUUUACACAGCAGCAUAACGAAAACUGGCCUAAUAGCAGCAUUUCUAUUUGAAGAGAAUAGGCCUAAUUGCACAUAACCAUGACAACUUCUCAUAUGAACGGACACAUCACAGAAGAUUCUGAUAGUGAAGCAAAAAAUGUGGAUCUUGCAUCUCCUGAGGAACCUCAGAAGCACCGAGAAAUGGCUGUUGAUUGCCCUGGAGAUUUGGGCUCCAGGAUGAUGCCCAUGCGGCGGAGUGCUCAGCUGGAGCGAAUCCGGCAGCAGCAGGAGGACAUAAGGCGCAGAAGGGAGGAAGAGGGAAAGAAACAGGAAUUGGACCUUACUGCUUCCAUGAGGCUUAAGAAAUUAGCACAGAUUCCUCCAAAAACUGGAAUAGACAAUCCAAUAUUCGACACAGAAGAAGGGAUUAUUUUGGAGAGUCCUCAUUAUACUGUGAAGACACUAGAAGUGGAAGAGCUAUUAACUUCCCUAAAACAUAUCCAGCAUGUUUUGGUAGACCCUCAGAGCCAAGAGGAUAUCUCUCUCAUCUUACAGCUUGUUCAAAAUACUGAUUUUCAGAAUGCAUUUAAGAUACACAAUGCUGUUACAGUGUACAUGAACAAAGCCAGUCCUCCAUAUCCUCUCAUCUCCAAUGCACAAGAACUAGCACAAGAGGUUCAGAGUGUUUUAAAACCCAGUCACCACAAGGAUGGGCAGGAACUUAAUGCCUUGCUGAAUGCCCCUCACAUGCAGGCACUUCUACUAGCUCAUGAUAAGGUUGCAGAACAAGAAAUGCAACCCGAGCCUGUUGCAGAUGAAAAAAUUUAUGAAAAUGUUGGCACGUAUGGAGGGGAGACGGUUAAAAUAGUUCGCAUUGAGAAAGCUCGAGACAUUCCCUUGGGUGCUACUGUUCGUAAUGAAAUGGAUUCUGUCAUCAUUAGUCGAAUAGUCAAAGGAGGUGCUGCAGAGAAGAGUGGGCUGUUACAUGAAGGGGAUGAAGUUCUGGAGAUCAAUGGCAUUGAGAUUCGUGGCAAAGAUGUUAAUGAAGUUUUUGAUUUACUGGCUGACAUGCAUGGCACUCUGACCUUUGUAUUGAUUCCCAGUCAGCAGAGCAAGCCACCUCCUGCUAAGGAGACAGUUAUACAUGUGAAAGCACAUUUUGACUAUGAUCCUUCUGAUGACCCUUAUGUCCCCUGCCGAGAGUUAGGCCUGUCUUUUCAAAAAGGAGAUAUACUCCAUGUUAUCAGCCAAGAAGACCCAAACUGGUGGCAGGCUUACAGAGAUGGAGAUGAAGAUAACCAACCACUGGCAGGCCUUAUUCCUGGAAAAAGUUUUCAGCAACAAAGAGAAGCAAUGAAGCAAACUAUAGAAGAAGACAAGGAGCCGGAGAAAUCAGGAAAACUCUGGUGUGCGAAGAAGAACAAAAAGAAACGGAAGAAGGUUUUAUACAAUGCAAAUAAAAAUGAUGAUUAUGAUAAUGAAGAAAUAUUAACUUAUGAGGAAAUGUCACUGUAUCAUCAACCAGCAAACAGAAAACGACCUAUUGUUCUCAUUGGCCCACAGAACUGUGGCCAAAAUGAAUUGCGGCAGAGACUUAUGAAUAACGAAGUGGAUCGCUUUGCCUCUGCUGUUCCCCAUACAACUCGGAGCAGGCGGGAAACUGAAGUAGCUGGCAGGGAUUACCAUUUUGUUUCCCGACAAGCAUUUGAGAAUGACAUAGCUGCAGGGAAGUUUAUUGAAUAUGGAGAAUUUGAAAAGAAUCUUUAUGGUACUAGUAUAGACUCCGUGCGGCAAGUGAUCAAUUCUGGCAAGAUAUGCCUUUUAAAUCUUCACACUCAGUCACUGAAGACACUACGAAAUUCUGACUUGAAGCCAUAUAUUAUAUUUGUCGCGCCACCUUCGCAAGAGAGAUUACGUGCUUUGUUGGCCAAAGAAGGGAAAAAUCCAAAGCCAGAAGAGUUGAGAGAAAUCAUAGAGAAGACAAGGGAGAUGGAACAGAACAAUGGUCACUACUUUGAUACAGCAAUUGUGAAUUCUGAUCUUGAUAAGGCUUAUCAAGAGUUACUUCGGUUAAUAAACAAACUUGACACAGAACCCCAGUGGGUACCCUCUACCUGGCUACGAUGAAAGAGAAUAAUUCCAGGGGACAAAUGGGCUUCAGUUGAGUAAUCAUUCUAAGAUCACGUGUAGGUCUGCCCAGUUAGUGAGUAAUAAGUGUCUGAGCCCUGGACCUCAUUGGCUGCAUCCUUUAUAAGUGAAAUCAGGUAUUAUUGGAAAAAAAAAAAAAAAAAAAAAAAAAACAACAACAACAAAAAAAAAACAUUAAAAAAAACAGCUUGAGAGCUGAUUUAACUGUUCUAGAGGUUGUCCAAAUUUUCUUUUUCUAUGGUCUAGAAAUGGAGACCUUGUCCAUACUAAAUUCUAAAGCUUUAGAUUUUUCUAGCAACAACUUUUAUACAUAAAUUCUCUUUUUCUACCUAGUCACCCUUAGGAAAGCAAAGAUUUUAAGUGUGUGUAUUUGUAUAUACAGUCCACAUUGUCACAUAGUUAUAAAUAUGAAUGUUAUUUAACGCUUAACUUAAUGACUUCAUGGGACAUAGCGGUAGUUCAGGAGUGUAAUUCUACAGAUCGUUGGGCAGAGAAAUAAUCUACGUGUGAAAGAGGUGAUUAAUGAGAAAUCUGUCCUUUUCAAAAAAUUGAAGAACAAAGAUGCUACUCUGGUCUGGAGCUACCUGGUGAGGCUUGAUUUUAUAUUCUAAUUCUAAAAAACAUUCCACUUUCUAAUAGCACUGUAAUUGGAAAAUGUGUAUAAUGUAAAUAUUUCAAUCCUUGUGUCGUCUUAGGCAGGCUUUUUAAUUCUGGGUUGACUGCACAUUAAUUUUAGGUUCAAUUAAAGAUGAAUUAUAUUGAUCUUUUAGAUGUGAUAUUUUUAUGGAAUUUUCCUUGAAACAUCGGCUGAUUGGAGCCGCUGUUUUCUGCAGAUCUGUAGGGAUAUUUAGGAAGGCAGAGAUUAUAUUUUUAUGAAAAACAUGUAGUUAUAAAACAUUGCUUGGAAGUCAGCUGAAGUUCUCAUGUUUUAUAACAGAAUACUGGCUAAAAUAGGCUGAUGUGCUGAACAUUGGAAGAUAAGUGGGUUUUGUAAUCUCUGUGAAUGGCUCGUUUUGUGGCUGUUGCUCUAACAGAUAACUAACUGGAAUUAAAACAGCUGAAGGUAGCUAUUGUGUUAUAAACAAGUAUUGUAAUUCACUAGCCAAUAUAUUGUCCUGCAUUUGCUCACUACUGCAGUAAAAAAUGGGUGAAACACUGGUGACCGACUGAGAAGUCGCAACAAGGUGGAACUUAGUAAAACAAAUAACUUGAAAUGAGUGAAUAGAAGGCAAAGUCUGUAUCCUAGUGUGUGUUCUGCGAAACAGAUCAGAUCACCUCUACAUCUUCAAAUCUGAGCUAUGACAUUAGUAAACUACAACAGCUGUGUCUGCAGUGGGGGGAAUUCUAUUGCUAAAGCUAACUGAAGAUUACUAUCUGGGCUGUUUGAGUUUAGGGUAGCACAGCCCUUGAAUGUGAAUAUCUCUUAAUGUUAGCCGUGGUGUUCAUUACUUCCUACAGGUAAAACACAAGUUAUGUCGGUUUGUUGUUCACUCCUGUCUAAUGCAGAAGGAUUUAACAAGUAGUUGAUUUUUUUUCCAUGCUGUCUUGCAUAUAUUCAAGUUCUAAUGGAACAAACUCAUACCUGUAGCUGAACAGAGACCUCCAAGUGUAUGGGGAAUAUAAAGAAAUUAUAAAAUAACAUUUCUAGUUAGUGAACUAACAUUUUGGAUUGAAAAAUUAGAGUGUGCUCCUGUCCUGCCUGCUACAAAGCAAAAUUAUUUGCUGGUUUAAUAUUUAGGGCUGAGAAGCAAUUAAAGGGGUAAGUAGUGACCCUUCAGGAAAAAAAAGAAAGCUGGGGGGGAGGGGGUGGGUGAGAGG